CUUUCAAGAUGACAAACUUUGCCACCUGAUCUUGACGGAGAACGUGUUUCCUCCUCCGCCGGCUUUGCCGCAGGCGCAAGAAUUCAUUCAUCUCCCUCUAGCUCCUUCCAAACCUUUCCCGCGACUCUUCUUCCUUAACUGCCGAUCGGGUACAGCUCCCUUUUCAGCUACCUGGCGAACACACCCCAGAACAUCGCUCCCAGCAGAUUUCCCAAAUCCAGCUGUGAAAUUCAUUUGAGACAAUAGUUUUUUCUAACAAGUGCUGUGAGAGAUCCAGCAGCCAAAUUGAGGAAAGAUGGUCAAUAAUGAAGAUAAUCAUGAAACAGAGAUGGGUUUCAUUCCUAACGGAGAUGGCCAGCCAACACCUGAAGAAGGUAUAAAGGGACUGAGAUGGCGUUUCCAGCAUAAACUCCUGUAUGCAUUUAUUGUCCUCCUCAUCAUCAUUAUAGUGGUUCUAGGAAUAUUAUAUGGGAAUUCACGUCAUCCUACAUCUUGUCCAACUGACUGGAUUAGAUACAACAACAAAUGUCACUAUUUUUCAAAUGAAGAAAGAAACUGGACUUCCAGUGAAAGCUUCUGCAACCAAUUUGGAGCCUCCUUGGCUACUAUUGACACUGAGUUUCAGGAACUUAUGGCUCAUUUCAAACUGAAAACAAUUAAUUGGAUUGGCCUCAGAAGAGACCCAGGUCAGCCCCAGGUCUGGAAAUGGACAAAUGGAGAAAUUUCCAG